AUAAGGCAUUGCGUUGUAGACACCGUUACCCGCAAUAUUAUUACCUUUAUUCAUUAAUUAAUCAAUCCGUUCUGUCGUUUGUUCAACCUAUUCCUCCAUAUUUAUUACACGUAUAUACAUAUGUUUAUGUAUCUGUAUACACUGUAUUCGGGAUUACAUAUUGAUAAGAGGAGCGAGUAACGUUUCGUCAUUUCGUCUUUUGCCUCCUUUCUAUCGCGAGUUUUAUUGGAAAUUACGUUCUCCUGGGUCCCUCCACUCCUAUAGAAUAUUUCCUCUGACCUCUUUACCGUAAAAAAAAAAAAAUCAUCAUUCUUACCCCGUUCUCUCUGCCCCUACUUGAUUCAAACAGAAACACGCUCAAAACUGUGUUAUAUUCAUCAUUUAAAAACCGUAUCACGCCGCUCGUGAAUUUUUAUAAAAAAAAAAUCAUAAUAAUUCUCCUUGAAUUCUUCAACGGGAACAACAAGGAGAAUAAUACUGCGCACAAAUGUAGUUAUGGUGCUAGCUAUCAUAUAGCUUUAUAAAUUAAAAAACAGUUUGCUCGCCAGGGCAUACGUCAACUGGAAGAUUUUGUGGUGGCAUUUCGAUACUCUUAAUAUGAGCAAUUAAUUUAUCAACUUGACCAGUCUUUCCAAUUAGUCUCAUAUCAAUCGUUCUCGGCGUGAGACGAAAUCCAGUAAUUAUUAGACUUUUUAUUAGAAAAUUGAGAGAAAAAAGAAAAAAAGCCGCUAAAAAAAAAACUAGUAAAUACCCAUCACUGCGUUCCGUUCUACGCUAGUUCAGCAUCCUCCAACCACUGAUUUUCAUCGUUAACCGAUUUCGUACGUAGUUAGACGGAGAUUGUCAAAACGAGUGCAAUGAUGGCGAAUGGAAUGGAUACGGUUGUGCAACAGAAUGGUGGCUCAAAUCUCGGCCAAACCUCCCAGGAGGAGUCAAAGACGAAUCUCAUCGUCAAUUAUCUGCCACAAACUAUGACCCAAGAGGAGAUACGCUCACUAUUUUCGAGUAUUGGAGAGGUGGAAAGCUGUAAGCUCAUUCGUGACAAAGUAACCGAGGUCACCACAGCUUUGUCGGUUGCCGGAGAUUCGUUAUCCCCGGGGCAAUUUUCUUUUGAUGUGACAGAUUCUUGUGGCAUUUCAGGCCAAAGCCUUGGCUACGGCUUCGUCAACUACCAACGACCUGAGGAUGCUGAAAAAGCUAUCAACACCCUCAACGGUCUUCGACUACAAAAUAAAACGAUCAAGGUUUCCUACGCAAGACCCAGCAGUGAAGCGAUAAAGGGAGCCAAUCUAUACGUCAGUGGAUUGCCGAAAAAUAUGACACAGCAGGACCUUGAAAAUCUUUUCAGUCCAUAUGGAAGGAUCAUCACGUCACGAAUCCUCUGUGACAACAUCACGGUACGACAGUUUGUGACUGGCGGCGGAGACAAUUUGCCCGGACUGUCAAAAGGUGUCGGAUUCAUUCGAUUCGAUCAACGUGUGGAAGCUGAACGUGCCAUCCAGGAGCUGAAUGGAACCAUACCGAAGGGCUCGUCUGAACCAAUCACCGUGAAAUUUGCCAACAACCCGAGCAACAACAACAAGGCGAUACCACCAAUAGCAGCAUACUUGGCACCACAAGCGAGUCGUCGAUUUGGCGGCCCCAUCCACCAUCCAACCGGCCGCUUCAGGUACAUUCCACUGUCGCCACUAUCCAGCACUGGCAAGGCCAUGCUUGCCAUUAACAAAGGCUUACAGAGGUACAGUCCCCUGGCAGGAGACUUGCUGGCAAAUUCAAUGCUGCCGGGUAAUGCCAUGAACGGAAGUGGCUGGUGCAUCUUCGUGUACAAUCUUGCUCCUGAAACAGAGGAGAAUGUGCUGUGGCAAUUGUUUGGUCCAUUCGGUGCUGUUCAAUCGGUCAAAGUUAUUCGCGAUCUCCAGACCAAUAAGUGCAAAGGCUUUGGCUUCGUCACAAUGACGAAUUAUGAGGAGGCGGUCGUUGCAAUACAAAGUUUGAAUGGCUAUAAUCUUGGCACACGAGUACUUCAGGUCAGUUUCAAGACGAAUAAGAGCAAGGCAGCGUAGGACACGGAUGAGCAUCACACAACAGCUGCUGUCACAGACGAUGAUCUGUGGCGGCGUCUUGCCGUUGUCAAAGACUACUGGGACGAAAUGGCAGUUCUCAUAACUGGUAGAAACCACAGACGAGCAGGGGAUCCUGUAACGAGGCAACGUCAGCAAAUACAGCAAUUGCAAUUUCACCAUCCAAGCCCACAGCAGUAUCAUCAGUUUCAGCAGCAUCGUACACUUGGCUCGUUGAUAAGUAAACCGAUUGCGGCAGCCCACAAUGCCAAUAAAAGAGUCCAGCAGCAAAUUAUGAAAAUGGAUAAGACGUAGUUUGAUUAAGGAACAGCAACAGCAACAACAACAACAACAACAACAAAAAAAAAACAACAACAACAACAACAACAACAACAAAUAUGAGUAUUAGGAACGCAUGAUUUAUGACGUCGACUGGGUGAAUGGGUGGGAGAGAAAGGGAACUUGUUUGUGAGUGAGAUUCGCUCGCUCAUUGCUAGGAUAUUGAGAUUUUUUUCAUUCGGAAAUGGGCAAGAGAGAGUGGUAAAUCUGGCUCUUGCUGGACGACUCGAAUGGAAAUUUUUUGCUCCUCGUCGAAAAUUGAAAUGACAUCAGUGAAAUAGUGUGGGUCACUCAAUUCACUUGGUGGUAGUGGGGACAUGAAUAAUGAGCGAUGAGAUGAAUCUGCGUGUGUGAUAAUAUUAUGCGAGACAGAGGUAUUACGAAGAAUGAUAGAUAGAAACAAAGCGUCUAUUUAAUCCUGUGGUUACUUGCUGCCUCCGUAUUUUGUACAUACAUAUUAUGAUUUAUGUACAUGUACCUAUUGGUAAAGCAAUGCAUAAAGGUAAAAUAAUUGAGGGUCAAAUAACCAUAAGGUUGGAGAGAUUUAACCAUAAAUUCAGAAGGCUGAGGAUUAUUGAUGAUGAAAUGGGAAGAAUUCUGUGACUCCUCUUGUAACAUACUAGUAUUAUGUUCAGCAGAGGGCAUGUGGUAAAGAUAUUUCUCGCACAUUCUCUUUGAUCGAUCGAUAAAAAAACUGUAAAACUAAAUUUAGAUAAUAUGACGAUUUUUAAUGACAUCGAAGCAGAAAUUUAAUAGUGAAAAUUAGCAAACGGAGAAUUUGCCUUUUUUCCACAUCCCCUCAGCCCGGACAUGAUAGCCCAGUUAUACAUACUCGUUUAUGUAUAAGUUUUAGAAUAUUGUACUUUAACAUUAGGUUAAGAAUGGAAAAUAUGAAAAUAUACAGAGAGAAAAAGAUUGAGUGGAAGCCGAGACAAAUCUAGCAAAUGAAGAGAAAUAAUAACUAGAAUCACUCCAUACCGUGUGGACCAAAAAAUUAUCAGAAUCAAUCAAAUAUUUGUCGGAAUUGAGCGAAAUAUUUGGCUGAUUGAGAAGAAAUUUUUUAGUCAAUUGCAAAUGAGAACGAUAACGAUUCACGGGGUGGUAUUUUACACUCACGAUAUAUAAAAAUGCAAAAAAAAAAUCUAUGAAUUUAUUAAUUAAGCGAAAUGAACACAAGUUGAGGCAGAUAUGAAAACGAAAGCAACUUGAUAUACGGUUUAGAUAUGUUUGGGUCGGGGCUCGCACAUUGAUGAGCAAUAUGAGAUGAUGAACCCAGUGAGAACUAUUGAGAAAAAAAGAGGGUAUCUGAUGGUAGCCAAGCGGCCAUUAAUGUACUUAAUUGUAGUUGAUAUCGAUGAGCACCGUGCAUAAAAGGUCUCCAUGAAUUUAUUUGAAAAUUAACGAGGGAGAUAAUUCGGAUAAUUACGAUAUGCGGCAAAUGAACGCGGGAAGUAGUUAAAUAUGGCCGUCGAUAGUACGAUAAUGUGAUACCAAAACUGAGAGGGACACACAACAAACACAUACACAAAAAAGCGCACCGGUAGCAGCACGCCAUUAUUUCAGUUGAUACCUAUUCUCUUUUUUUGUGUAUAUCAUUGUCUCAGUCCUAGUCAUAUUAGCUUCAGAAGGUAUCUCAUACAAUGCCAUUUAGUGCAUUUAGACGUAGAAUGCAGGGUCUGAGAGAAAAUACGACGACGAUUUAACGAUUCAGGCGACACUACGAUCGAGUCAAUCUGUUGGCAUUUCAUUCAGAACACAAUCCUCUAACUGCUGCUCCUUCUGCCUGUAAACUCGAUUUAUAAUUACUCUAAUAAUUAAUUAUUUUAUUCAUUCAGUCUUAUUUUUCAUAGCAUUCAUAUGAUUAAUAUGUAGUGAUAUACUCAAGCAUAUAUUAAAACCAAUCAAUUUAUUAUGAAUUUAGGACACAUCUGAUGUUCCAUUGAUGAAAUUCUUUUUUUCAAUUAAUAGUUAUUAUACAGCAUAGAUUUUGAACCUCAUCUGUUGAUAACUUAUGCAAUUGGUCGUAUCGAUCGAGGCAAUCUAUAUAUUACGAGUAAAAAAAUAGAAUUUAGUGGAAAAGGAAAGCGUCAAUUUGAUGAUACUUAGGGAAAAGAUAUUCAAUGGGUGGUGGUAGUGGUAGUAGUAGUUGAGUUGAGUUGAGUUGAGUUGACUCGAUCGGGGUGACGGUCUUAUUUUCUUAUGAAAUAAAUAAUGCCAAAGUCCUGUUAAUUCCUCGUUUAACGCUGAUAAUGGGACAUUAACAAUGAUGAAGAUUGGAUAGCAUGGAUUUUUGUUGAAAAAUGGAAAAGUUACCUCUAGUCCACGUUCAGUAUGACCUCGCACGAGUCUAUACGAUGAUUAGGAUAGAAUUGCAGGACAAUGAAUAUUUGGGGGUCAAUGUCAAUGAACAUCAUGACUAUUGACAGUAUGAAAUGAGCAAACAGAGUUAAGUGUAUUUUAUAACGUGAGAUAUUGUAUAUCGUGUCCUAUUUAUGUGUACCUCUAUGUGUCUAGUCCUCGAGGAACGGAUCAACUCCGCCUCGGCUUAAAAACAAAACGAGAGAAAGAGAAAGAGAGUGAGAGAGAGAGAGA